AUGUCCCGACGAGCCUUCAGCUAUGACGAGGCCCUGGACGCACCCAUGCACUCCCCUCCCACUGACAUGAUUGUCAACAACCCCUGGAAGGACCCUCUCAUCCCACAGAGGAAGUUCAAGAGGAUUGCUGAGGUGCACCACCUAAAUAUGUCCUUACAAGGCCAGGCCUGUUUGAUCUGAAUGGGAUCUAUUGUGCUCUUAGAUGGAAAGUGCCCCGUUAAGGGAACCUACGUGGUUCUGGUACUGGUUCUAACCGACAUUUUAUCUUAUAAAUCGAUCUGUGGACACGUAGAUCGAAAUGGCUUGCUUUGAGAAUGAGCGGUAGCCCUGGUUCUCACAGACACAGGAGUAUAUAUUUUCCGCCUGUGUGAUGUAGGAUGUGAAAUCUGACACCACUUGAAGCUGGGAUGUCCUUCCUAUCCUUUAAUUCACUCUUCCAACUGUCCAGCUCCUGGCUGAACCCUAUGUCACAGCCACUGACAAAGCACAUGCCUGCAAUCCUUACAUCGUAGCGCAGCAGGAGAGCACAUUCAGAAAUCGAUUUAUAGCCAACUUGAUCAAAGUAAUCUAAAAUAAAUCAAAUCAAAUUGUAUUUGUCACAUGCGCCGAAUACAACAGGUGUAGACCUUACCGUGAAAUGCUCACUUACAAGCCCUUAACCAACAAUGCAGUUCAAGAAAUAGAGUUAAGAAAAUAUUUACUAAAUAAACUAAAGUUACAAAAUUAAAUUAAAAGUAACACAAUAAAAUAACAAUAACGAGGCUAUAUACAGAGGGUACCGGUACCGAGUCAAUGUGCGGGGCUACAGGUUAGUCGAGGUAAUUUGUACAUGUAGGUAUGGGUAAAGUGAUAAUAAACAGCGAGUAGCGGAUGCCGAGCAGUUGCCAUACCAGGCGGUGAUGCAACCGGUCAGGAUGCUCUCGAUGGUGCAGCUGUAGAAGUUUUUGAGGAUCUGGGGACCCAGGCCAAAUCUUUUCAGUCUCCUUAGGGGGAAAAGGUGUUGUCGUGCCCUCUUCACGACUGUCUUGGUGUGUUUGGACCAUGAUAGUUUGUUGGUGAUGUGGACACCAAGGAACUUGAAACUCUCGACCACGCUCCAUUACAGCCCCGUCGAUGUUAAUGGGGGGCUGUUCGGCCCUCCUUUUCCUGUAGUCCACGAUCAGCUCAUUUGUCUUGCUCACAAUGAGGGAGAGGUUGUUGACCUGGUACCACACUGCCAGGUCUCUGACCUCCUCCCUAUAGACUGUCUCAUCGUUGUCGGUGAUCAGGCCUACCACUGUUGUGUCGUCAGCAAACUUAAUGAUGGUGUUGGAGUUGUGCUUGGCCACGCAGUCAUGGGUGAACAGGUAGUACAGGAGGGGACUAAGCACGCACACCUGAGGGGCCCUCGUGUUGAGGAUCAGCGUGGCAGAUGUGUUGUUGCCUACCCUUACCACCUGGGGGCAGCCCGUCAGGAAGUCCAGGAUCCAGAGGGAGGUAUUUAGUCCUAGGGUCCUUAGCUUAGUGAUGAGCGUUGUGUGUUGAACGCUGAGCUAUAGUCAAUGAACAGCAUUCUCACAUACAGUGGGGAGAACAAGUAUUUGAUACACUGCCGAUUUUGCAGGUUUUCCUACUUACAAAGCAUGUAGAGGUCUGUAAUUUUUAUCAUAGGUACACUUCAACUGUGAGAGACGGAAUCUAAAACAAAAAUCCAGAAAAUCACAUUGUAUGAUUUUUAAGUAAUUCAUUUGCAUUUUAUUGCAUGACAUAAGUAUUUGAUACAUCAGAAAAGCAGAACUUAAUAUUUGGUACAGAAACCUUUGUUUGCAAUUACAGAGGUCAUACGUUUCCUGUAGGUCUUGACCAGGUUUGCACACACUGCAGCAGGAAUUUUGGCCCACUCCUCCAUACAGACCUUCUCCAGAUCCUUCAGGUUUCGGGGCUGUCGCUGGGCAAUACGGACUUUCAGCUCCCUCCAAAGAUGUUCUAUUGGGUUCAGGUCUGGAGACUGGCUAGGCCACUCCAGGACCUUGAGAUGCUUCUUACGGAGCCACUCCUUAGUUGCCCUGGCUGUGUGUUUUGGGUCAUUGUCAUGCUGGAAGACCCAGCCACGACCCAUCUUCAAUGCUCUUACUGAGGGAAGGAGGUUGUUGGCCAAGAUCUCGCGAUACAUGGCCCCAUCCAUCCUCCCCUCAAUACGGUGCAGUCGUCCUGUCCCCUUUGCAGAAAAGCAUCCCCAAAGAAUGAUGUUUCCACCUCCAUGCUUCACGGUUGGGAUGGUGUUCUUGGGGUUGUACUCAUCCUUCUUCUUCCUCCAAACACGGCGAGUGGAGUUUAGACCACAAAGCUCUAUUUUUGUCUCAUCAGACCACAUGACCUUCUCCCAUUCCUCCUCUGGAUCAUCCAGAUGGUCAUUGGCAAACUUCAGACGGGCCUGGACAUGCGCUGGCUUGAGUAGGGGGACCUUGCGUGCGCUGCAGGAUUUUAAUCCAUGACGGCGUAGUGUGUUACUAAUGGUUUUCUUUGAGACUGUGGUCCCAGCUCUCUUCAGGUCAUUGACCAGGUCCUGCCGUGUAGUUCUGGGCUGAUCCCUCACCUUCCUCAUGAUCAUUGAUGCCCCAUGAGGUGAGAUCUUGCAUGGAGCCCCAGACCGAGGGUGAUUGACCGUCAUCUUGAACUUCUUCCAUUUUCUAAUAAUUGCGCCAACAGUUGUUGCCUUCUCACCAAGCUGCUUGCCUAUUGUCCUGUAGCCCAUCCCAGCCUUGUGCAGGUCUACAAUUUUAUCCCUGAUGUCCUUACACAGCUCUCUGGUCUUGGCCAUUGUGGAGAGGUUGGAGUCUGUUUGAUUGAGUGUGUGGACAGGUGUCUUUUAUACAGGUAACAAGUUCAAACAGGUGCAGUUAAUACAGGUAAUGAGUGGAGAACAGGAGGGCUUCUUAAAGAAAAACUAACAGGUCUGUGAGAGUCGGAAUUCUUACUGGUUGGUAGGUGAUCAAAUACUUAUGUCAUGCAAUAAAAUGCAAAUUAAUUACUUAAAAAUCAUACAAUGUGAUUUUCUGGAUUUUUGAUUUUAGAUUCCGUCUCUCACAGUUGAAGUGUACCUAUGCAAAAAAUUACAGACCUCUACAUACUUUGUAAGUAGGAAAACCUGCAAAAUCGGCAGUGUAUCAAAUACUUGUUUCCCCACUGUAGGUGUUCCUUUUUCAUAGAUUCAUAGAUUUUAAACAAAAAAACACUUUCUGUUUGUCAUAGACAGACAAUAUUAAUAGGAGAUGAAACGCAAGUUCCUAACGAGUUCAGGAAGCCAAGUUAGAGCUCUGUCUGACUUUCACAGUGGUGGGGGCAGACAUUUUGAUCAAGAGAGAUCUUUAGAAAAUAUGCAAAUUUUCUCUAAUACUAAAGACACAAAUAUGUAUUUUACAGUUAUAAGCAAGGUUAAAUCGUAUAGUUACUUGUUUUGUUGAUUAUGCUAUAUUUAGAAAGCAUAUAAGUCAUUUCAAGCCUUAUUCAUACCGUUUUUAAUAGGAAAUAUGUCAUAAAAUAUGUCAUAUUUGUAUCAUGUUUGUACUGUGUACUUGAGUUUGUGUCCUCAAAAGUGACUACAUCUCAGCAAUAUAUAACUAUUUUUACCUGAAAGGUAAGAUUUGAUCCUUUCUUGGAGUAUGCAGCAUGACUAGUUAUUUUUGAUGGCCCUCUCAUGAUAAAUAAUUACUUUUGGGGAUUACGUAGAUUACAUUUAGUUACUUUUAACUGGUUUUAAAAAAGCAUAAUCAAACAAAGCAUAAUCAAAUGUUUCAAGCAUUUGUGAAAACAUGCUUAUGCUAAGAUGCUGAUUUAUUUAUUAUUUUGCUUUGGCUGAAUUUUCUACUCUGUUACUACAUACAGUAUUGAAGUUUAUAAAUUCAACUGUAACAUUCAAUGUCCAACCUGGCCGAGAUUAUCACUAUUGUCUGUAGAGUUUAAUGAACCGUUGCUGGGAGAGUGACCUCUGCAUUAAGCACAUACUAUGGUGUUAAUAUGAAACCCAUUAGCCUGUUGUUGUGUCCAGGAGGAAGAGAGUGAGACUGGGAAGACACUGACCUUCUCGUCCGGUCAGUUUGAUGCGGCAGCAGCAGCACCGGUCAAGCCCCCUGUCCCUGUGGUAAAGGCCAAAGCCUCCUCUCUCAUGAACACACUCAUGAUCAGUAAGUAGGAAAACAAACACAAUCACAUUGUCAUUCUUCUCAUACAAUAUGGAACUAUUGGAAUAGAUGUUAUAGUUACUGUACUAUAGAGGAAUUACAUAUAUUCCACAAUGGGAUGGGAUUACAUGAUAUCAUUGUAUUCGAUUAUGCUAGACUAGUACACCAUAAUGUCUGUCCUACUCCUCACUGUGAGCCCAUCCUUGGUCCUUCAGAGCAAACCCAGGAGAGCCUCCAGAGGUUUGAGCUCCAGGCAGGGCUGACAGAAGCUGGCUACACCCCCCACAAGGGUCUCUCUGCUGAGGACACCCACUUCCAUCGCCUGACUGUGGGGCCGAUGCCUGUGAGUAUGACAGGGACUGGAUGGUUGCCUGUAGGCACUGAUCUGCGAUGA